AUGAAAAGCACCAAAAGAUCCAAAUAUGAUAUCGAAACUCCACACCCAAGAAAAUGGGAGAUUGCAGGAUAUGAGGCCACACUCCCCAUCACAGAGAAAUCCAACCCCGUAACACACGAUAUAGACAAAUCAGAUUCUGUUCAGAUUGUACAACUUGUAAAAGAAUGCGAUGCAGAAAUAUUUCGGAAGGAGGAUAACUUGGUUACCAGUUAUAAGACACUAUACAGUGAAUCUAUUUUAAGAGCAAUGGUUGACACUGCCAAACAAGUUCAAGAACUGUUGAAGGAUCCUGAGGGAAACCUCAUUGUGCUAAGCGGAUGUGGGACUUCAGGAAGAUUAGCAUUUCUGCUUUCAUCAUCCUUCAACAAUUUGUUCAAAACAACAAGCUAUGGUUACAUUAUUGCCGGGGGAGACAAAGCAUUAAUAACCUCUCAGGAGCUACCUGAGGAUAAUCCAGAGGCAGGAAUUAAAAUGUUAAAUAAAAUUUCAGAAAGGAAAGAGAAAGUAAUGUUCAUUGGAAUUUCAUGUGGAUUGUCAGCUCCAAUUGUUACUGGUCAGCUGGAUGUCUGCAUGAACAACCUUGACAAGUUUAUCCCUGUUCUAGUGGGGUUCAAUCCAAUUAAUAUGGCAUGACCUGACCAGAUAGAGGGAUGGCACUCAACAUUUCUUCGAGUGGCAGAAAGAAUUCAGAAGUUGCAAAAGUUACGCCAGGUAUAUGUCAUUAACCCUGCUGUUGGGCCUGAAGGAAUUGCCAGAUCAUCCCGUAUGAAAGGUGGAAGUGUCACCAAAAUCCUCCUGGAAACCAUUUUCCUGGCUGCACACAAGGCUAUGGCAAACAACAGUGACAUCACAGAUGGGUAUCUGCUGGAUUGGCUGAGAAGUUAUGAAAAAGCCCAUUCAAUCACAUAUUCUCGCAAUGAAACGACUGCUGCUUUAGUGAAACAAGCUGGUGCAAGCAUCAGAAAGAAUGACCACAUAUACUACAUUGGAUGGAAGUCACUUGGAAUUAUAGGAAUCAUUGACGCAACUGAAUGUGUGCCAACGUUUGGAGCAGUGUUCAGUCAUGCUCGUGGUUUCAUAAACAAUGGCUUUAAAGAAAUGGCAAACAAUGAUGGAGAUAUCUCAACACUGGGACCAGAAUUUGCCAUCUCAUAUGAAGAUUUUCUGAAGAAUGUGCUUCCCACAAUCUGCAAGAAUGACACUGUUGUUUUCAUCUUUACUUUGAAUGAAAGUGAAGUUUCAGUGAUUGAGAAAAUUGCACAUCAGGUCAAGGUGUCAACAGUCAAUUUGUUUGCAAUCUCGCAUGGAACAACAUGGCAAUACAUACCAGAAGGUAACGCUUUUGCAGAAAUAAAGUAUCCCUUUGGUUAUGGGGUGGAAUCAUCCCAGAUUUGCACUAAGUGCGGUAGCGAACAGUCUCUUUGCUUUCAAAAUUCCCUCAACCUUCUCUUGAAUUGGGUGGACACCUUCACCAUCUCUUUAAUGACCCAGAAGCAGCUGAAGCAAUUGUUUUCUAUUACAAUCAAUGUCACUUGGCCAAUAACAUCCAGCUAUGAAGGACGCUAUAUUCAGAGGUUUACAGGCCAGACCCAAUCCAAAUGUUUUGAGAGAUUGUUACAGGCUAUUUAUGAAACUGAUGAAUUGAGCGAAAAGGUGAUGAUGGAUCUGCUGCAUGGAGGAAAAAGCAGUUUAACUGAAACGGCUAAAGCAGUUGCCAGCUGGUAUUUGAAACCAGUUGGCAACAGUUGA